UUAGGACUUUAUUUGGAAGUGACAAUUUUUGUUGCAAUAAUUAGCGACUGGAUUAAGAGAUCAAAUUAUGAUUUGUUAAAUUAACAUUGUAUACAAUUGUUAUCAAAUAUCUCGGUGAGCAUUAACAACUAGGCUAGUAGAACUGAUUUGAUAUUUUGUUCUGCACUGCAGAUCUCCAGUCUCAAUCAUCAAAAUAAACAAAUCCACUACAAUUUGUAUAAUUGAACACAUUUUUAUAGAAUACAAAACUGACCAUGGCUGACGGAACAGGAUUAGCAAGGGUUUUAGCCAAACCAGCUUUUGAUGCAGAAUCAUUUGUUGCCAAAAUAGCUGCAUCAGGGGAAGACCAACUGUUAGAUAUGAAGCAUAAGAUGCAAAUGCUAAAUGAUGACACUGCUCAGUCAUUAAAGAAAAAUGUGUACAAGAAUUACUCACAAUUUAUAGAAACUGCCAAAGAAAUUUCUAUUUUGGAAGGAGAGAUGUACCAGCUUAGUCAUAUGUUAUCUGAUCAAAAAAUUCUCAUGUCAUCUAUGAUGGCAAUGUCUUUAGUUAGUGAUAAAGCUGUUGUUGAGGGUCCAAAAGAUGAGGAUGAAGAAAGUGAAGUGAAUCCAGAAGAAGAAACAAGAAAGAACUUGGCAUUUCUGUUAGACAAAGUAGAAGGGUGUUCCAAUGUAGCAGAAGUACCAGGCCGUCAUUUAAUACAUAAUGGAGACCUUGUAGAAUUAGAUACAGAAAAUUUAACACAAGUGCAACGGGUUCAUGCCUUUCUCUUAAAUGAUAGCUUUAUGAUUGCAACAUGGGUUCCUAACAGACGUGGUCCAGUCCGAUAUAGAUUUCAAGGCUUAUAUGAACUAGACAGUUUAGCAGUUGUAAAUGUGAGGGAUGUAGGUUCAGUGAAGAAUGCUUUCAAGAUUUUAAUGUUUCCAGAAACAAGGAUGUAUCAGACUGACAGUACUAAAUCAAAACGUCAAUGGUUAGAUAUACUAGAUGAUACUAAGAAAAAGAAAGCUAACAAAGAUAAACAGAAGAAAGAAGCCAACACAAGACUUGCUGAACAACAGAUUCAAUCUCUAAACAAUUCUACCUCAGAGAAUGAGAAAAAUAAUCCAUUUAGUGAGGAAGUUGAAGAUGAACUAGAGUUUGAAGAUUCUAGCUUUUUAACAGAUGAGUGGCUGGAGCUCCCUGAAGAUUUAGAUAUGUGCAUUGCUCAGAGAGAUUUUGAAGGUGCUGUGGAUCUUGUGUCCAAGGUUAACAACUUUCUGAGAAAUAGACCAAGAACACCUGCUGUCAAGGAAUUUCGAGCCAGGAUUGAUCAUAGAGUUAAACUACUGACAGAUGGUUUAAUGGGUGAAUUACAAGUUUCCCCAGAAAGAUCAUUACGUGGUGGACCAAGAGCUGCUAGACGAGCUGUAACACAACUUAUUAGACUGGGAAAAUCAUCUCAAGCUUGUGAACUGUUUCUAAAAAAUCGAACUGCAUUAAUUAAAUACAAUAUUAGACAGUUAAAAUUUGAAGGCGCUACAACUUUGUAUGUUAGAUGUUUAUGUGGUGUAUUUUUCACUAGUUUGUCAGAGACAGCUAAAGAAUUUUUGAAAGCUUUCCCUGAUCAUAAUGGAUGUUUCUCUGCAUUUGUUGUCUGGUCAAAACAUGAACUUCAAGCUUUCAUUGGGACAUUUUGUCGUCAAGUAUUUGAAAGUAAAUCAAGUUUAACCACCAUUACAGAUUGUGUAUCUUUAGCAAAGCUUCAUUGUCUGGAAUUGAAAAGUAUUGGACUGGAUCUAAGUUUCUCAUUGACAGGUAUGUUAGAAACUCCAUUACGUCAAGUUGUUUUGGAAACUCGAGAUCAGUUAAUAGAGGGUGUUAAAUAUCGUUCAACUGAUGAUCUAUGGAGACCAAUGAAUCAUCUCAAUAAAAGGGAUUGUGAUAAAUUUCUUGCAGAAAUGUUGUCCAGUGGACUGGAAGCCAUCAAGGAAUGUGUUUAUGAUGAAUGUUUUAUAAGUUUAACCAUGAACACCACUCAAUUUUCCAAAAGUGUUCUCAUUUUUGCAGAAGAUCUUUUGAAGUUGUUUACAGUAGAGUGGGAAGAAUUUAUAGCUGAUUGUUUAGCAGCUGUGUUUAAAGCACAAAUAAACCACAUGGAAACUUCUUUGAAAUCAGAUAGAUUUGUAAAUGAUGAGAAAUUUAUUUUAAAGAAUGCAAAGUUUAUUUUAGAGAAUGUUGUGGCAUGUAUUGAGAAACUUUAUCAAGAUUCUGAUAAAACAUUUCCUACUCAAUUACAAAAUAUUAAUGCUGAAUAUAGAAGAUUGAAAACUAUUUCUAAAUAAUUUACUGAAAUAUUUACAAAUUUAUAUCUAUUAAUUAUUAAAUUGAUAAUAUUGCAA